AUGGUGACGACGACGACCAGCCAACGGGCCACGCAGACACCUUCUCCGCCGACACGCCAGAGUGAGUGUUCCGGACCACUUGCGCCCGGAGCUGAAACGACCAGAUGCAAAGGCCAUGGAGAAGGGGACCACAUGUCACUCAUCUGCAACGUUGCCGCGAAGUACUUAGAGUACGAGGCAGCGAGGGUGGUGUCACUGGUGGCAGAUUUCCGAUCCGGAAAGCGGACAGAAAAGGAGUGGGACACCGACCUGGACGAGGACACAAGGCAACAGCACCACAAGGCGCGACAGCUGGGGGCCCGACCGCUCCAGCGGCGGAGCGCGACAGGACCAGAUCGGCACAGCCCGACAGGUCAAAGGGCCGUGGCAAGAAGGGCGGACACGGCCCACACAGAGGCUCGCCACGACUUGAUGUCGAUGAGACAGAACCCCAACUUCCCGAGCACGCUCACCGAGGCCUACCUGUCCCAGAUUAUCUCUGGAUAUAUGCGGCACGGAGACAUAGCUUUUAAGUCGUGGUUGCACCCGGGCGGAAGGCACGAGGGUACAGGCCCAACCGUAUACGUGUCUCGUUCCGAGAGCGUACGCAGCAAACAGCUGGGACAAAGCUCCAAAACUGAGCUGAAACAACAUGACGUAAAUAUACGGCGGUGCAGUGGACAAGCGAUCAAGCUUGGGAGUGGCGUGAGACCGAAGAAUCUGCUCACCAGUGGACCUAUACUUAUCGCUAUGCAUGAUCACCGUCCUCGCCACAUGUUGAUCUUCUUGAUCCCUCCGCGAGGAGGCGGUGCGUACAACGUGGGAGGACAGCUUCCGGAUCUCCACGCAAGCGACCUGAAGCUGAUGAAGCAAGAGACCUGGUUGAUGUUUGAGGAUUCCUCUAGGAACUUCAACACUCACGACGACCUGCUGAUGCAGGCCCUGGGGCUUCCGUCAGUGACGAUCUUUGUCCUGGCGAACGCGGAGUUCCAGCCCGGAUCCCUUGAGAGGACCGGCGCCCGGGUGAUCGUGCGACACCCUGGGUGCAGGAUGAUCCUCUUGGAGGACGUCGGAUGGCAGAAUCAGAAGCAAAUCGCUAAAGAGAUUGCCAAGACCCGUCACGACUUCCUGCUCUGCUUUCUUUGUACAGCUUGGAAGACCAAGUCGGUCUUAGCGGACAGGCCCGCGUUUAUGGACGAGGCAGAACUCGCCGAGGAAGCAGACUUCUUAGACACGUUGCCUCUAGCAGGGAUGAACUACUGGUGCAGGUACUUCGGAGCGCAGGUUCGCACACACCCUGUCUCAGCUCCACCACCUUACGAGUUCAACCACACCGUUUCGGUAGACGCGUUGGAGGCUGCAGACUACACGGGCAAAGAUGAUGUCAAGGACGCCGUGCUGGAUGCGCAGGUGGCGAAGAACGAGUUCAUGCGUGUCGGAGGUGUCAGCCCCACACAGUGGGUGCUUGGACGACUUCCCCGCGGAGUCGGACACGUCUUGGACGAGGUUGAGAGAGAACAGCAGAGGCACAUAGAUGCCACCGGGGAUGAUCUAUUACUAGACGACCCAGACGAGCCAACAGACGAUGGUAUCGGAAUAAGUUCUCCGGUCCGAAUGGACGCUGAACCGGAGAACGAACAGAUGGACCCAACAGGAGGGAUCCAAGAGCCGAUGGCUGAGGACACGGCAGCAGAAGCAGACGUGGAAGCUGAAGUCACAGAGGAGUACGAGGCCAUAAGGGUUUUCUUUGCAGACCGCGUGGAGGACGACAAGAAAGUGGUGCAGUGGCGCAAGCGGCGCAAGAACUUUACGUCGAAGAAGAAAAAGGAGAAGUACGGUAAGAUCCUAAUUUACCACACGUGCCCAGAGGAUGUCCAGAAGGAGUUGGACAAGAGCAAGGCGAAAUGGUAG